UUGUGUUGCCUUUUAGGCAUUAGGCUUUUACUUUGUACAAGCUUUUAUUUUGAAAUGGUUUCCUGCCUUAGGAGUUCCAGGCGUUAGUUUCCUGUUAGUGGUUAGAGGAAAAUGGUGGAAUCCAUCAACAUGCUUUCGUCAUCCAUUGCAAUCUACAUCGUAAAUGCUGCAGAGGCAAUGUCUUUUCACUCUUCUGUCUGUGACAUGAUAUAAAGAGCCACAGUAAACAGCUUGAGAAGCUUACUACGACUCAACUCGUCAUUUGCAGAAAGAGUUUAGCUAGUUGAAUAGCUGCGGUUGCUACACCGUAGUGAAGACAACAUAGUGAAAAGACAAAGAAAGCUGGCGUUGUACAUCGUGGUAAGAUGGAUAGCAAACAAAGCGACAGGGAGUCAGUGGCCAGUAAAAGAAGUUCACGGUCUUCAACUUCAUCAGCUGGCUCAGUAACACGUGCUCGUGCUAAAGCGGAGGCAGCUAAAGCACGCGCUACAUUUGCAAACAAAGAAGCUAAAGCUAAGCUAGAAAGAGCUGCAACGGAGGCUAAGCUACAGAAAGAAAAGGCAGAAAAAGAAGCGGAAUAUUACAAAGAGAAAGCAGCAAUCGAGUUCGAAUUGCAGCUAGAGAAGGCAAGAAAGGAUGCUGAGCUAGAAGCGCUUGCUAGUUAUCGCGAAGCCGCAUCGGCCGAAGCUGAAGCUGCCGUGUGGGAAGAUGCAAUGGACAAUUUUGUUGUACUGGAUGAAGCAGGCCCAUCAGAGAAGGACAAACUGGAGCGUACAAGUGAAUAUGUCCAGUCUCAAUACGAGCUACACUCAGGUGAAACCCAUCCACGUACCAGGUCACUAAGACAAGCAGCCAUGAAUGCUAGUUCCCAAGUAUCUCAGCUUCCGACAGAUGAAACCCAUCAAGGAUAUUCUUCCAAUCCUUUCUCUCCAACAUGGCAGCCGCCUGUUAGUCCUAAAGAACCGUCAUAUGCAAAAAAUAUUACCAACCCUGCAUUAGCAAACUAUGGCUCGGAAAAUGUGCAAACACCUUCAGCUAUUAAAGUGGAAAGGCAAGUCCCACGAAAGGAGACUGACCAUCAGACAAACAUAAACAUGCGUAACGCAUACUCAAACAACCCUCCUCAGCCUUCCCUUCCACACUUCAUAUCAACAGCUAGCCAUGGUGCACCCGGAGCCGAACAUCUAGCACAGUUCUUGGCUCGUCGCGACCUGGUGAGUUCAAGUUUAUAUAAAUUUGAUGAUAACCCAGAAAACUAUCGAGCUUGGCAUUCAUCAUACAUAAACGCCACUCAAGGGCUAGGCCUCACAGCCACGGAGGAGCUAGACUUAAUGACUAAGUGGCUCGGUAGAGAAUCCAGCGACCAAGUCAGACGUCUCCGUUCAGUGCACGCGACGAAUCCUGUCGUAGCACUCAGAAGGGCCUGGGAACGUCUCCAGGAAUGUUAUGCAGCACCCGAAGUCAUCGAAAGGUCCCUUUUCAACCGGCUCGAUCAUUUCCCAAGGCUUUCAGGGAAAGAACACACAAAGCUACGAGAACUAGCCAACCUGUUAAUGGAGGUGCAGGGAGCCAAGGAGGACGGCUACCUCCCAGGCCUGUCUUACCUGGACACCGCAAGAGGGAUCGAACCCAUAGUUGCAAAACUGCCUUAUGGUCUUCAAGAAAGAUGGUUCAACUACGCACUUGGCAAGAGACUGUCCAACUACAGUCAAGUGUAUAGAGUGUGA